CAACAUAAUUCGGUUAAACUUUGUCCUGGGCAUCAACGACGCAGGUAGAGGGGUGUUUUUUUUUUCAGGAUGCUCGAGUUGACACCCCAAGAAAGUUUGGUGAAAAUGGUGUUAAAGCGUGAUGGCCGUGUAUUCCUUUGAUAUUUGGGCCGAAGGACACCUGCUGUGGUCAAAGUCCGAAAUAUCCAAGGCGGGGCAUAUCAGUCCUAGAGGAAAUCACCUUAGUGGGAAACCGACAUUUAGUGUUCAAGGGUAACUAACCCCGGUGAAAAUUGGUGCCUGUUGAAACGAUUUAAACUGCAAACUGAGAAAUUGCAUGCUAUUUCUCGGCUAGUAGACUUGUAUCAAAAACGGCAUGUUUGCUUCCUGGGCGAGUGAUAAAAGUGAAUUUUGUUUUGUUUGGCGCAUUAAUAUUUAAAGUAUGUGCGGACAUAGGUGACUUAAAAUCAGAAUCUGCACUUCUAGGAUUGAACUGGAGGAAGGAAGAUGUCGGCAAUUUAUAAAGAUGACCAGGAGGACUGGCUGACUGUGUGUCUCAAGUACCUGCUUUUUGUUUUCAACUUUCUUUUCUGGGUGGGAGGAGCAGCAGUUUUGGGUGUAGGAAUCUGGACGCUGCUGGAGAAGAGCGACUACUUGAGUCUGCUGGCCUCCAGCACUUUUGCUGUCUCAGCGUAUAUUCUUAUCCUGGCUGGGGGCCUGGUGGUGGUCACUGGCUUCUUGGGCUGCUGUGCCGUCAUCCGGGAGCAGAAAAACUGUCUGUCCACGUAUUUCUUCUGCCUGCUGUUUAUCUUCUUAAUUGAACUGGUUGCUGGAGUACUGGCCUAUGUCUAUUACCAGAGGCUGAGUGAGGAGCUGAAGCAGCAUCUCAACCAGACUAUGACGGAGAACUAUGCCCAGCCAGGGAAGGAGGCCAUCACAUUAGCUGUGGACAGACUACAACAAGAUUUCAAGUGCUGUGGCAGCAACAACUCCCAUGACUGGUCAAUGAGCGUGUACAUUACUUCGCCAUCGCAGGCAGAGGGCAGGUUGGUGCCUGACAGCUGCUGCAAGACCAUCACCCCUAACUGUGGCAAGAGAGACCACCCAUCCAACAUCUACAAGGUGGAGGGUGGUUGCAUCACUAAACUGGAGCAGUUUCUGGCAGACCACCUGUUAGUCAUUGGUGCUGUAGGAAUAGGAGUGGCUUGUCUGCAGAUCUGUGGGAUGGUGUUUACCUGCUGCUUGUACAAAAGGAUCAAGAUGGACCCUUACUGAGCACACCGAACCACCACUACAACCCGCUCAACAGGCAGAUGGAACAAUGACCUGCUAACUUCAACCUCUUUAUCUUGAACUCUGCACAGACAUGUUCCAGGUCACCCACAUCGCAGCGAGAAACAAAUGGUGCCAUUGAUCAACCAGGCUGAUUUUAGUUUCUUCUUGUACAGUAUUGUACUUCUUUGAUACAGACUUAAAAAAUUUCUAAUACUUGACUGUGAUCUUGGCGUCCUGGAGCAUCAUGUCUGGUUGCAUUGUUUCCUUGGUUUUAGAUGCAUGCUUUACUUUGAGCAGGACAAAAGAAAGGGAAAUACUUAACUCUUAUCAACUAAUGAUGAUGCAAAUUUAUUUUUCAUAUUUCACAGAGCAGAGAUUUAUAUAGUGGUGGGUUAUUAGUGGUCAUUCUGCUACUUGAGUAAGCUGGGUAAGGGCACUUUGUACACGGGUGUAUCUGGUAAUGAAGAAAGGAAAUGCAUCUUUUAUAAACACAAUGUGCCUCUAUCACAAUUCUGCUGGUAAAUGAUUAUAUAAUUCAGAAAUUCCAUUUAACUCUGUUCCUGAAAUCUAUAAAGGGGAGCUGAAAGUGCACUAUGAUAUUUGGCAGCAAAUUAAAUAUAGUUUAUUAUCUUUA